AUGGCGACCCUUUGUCACGCUUUGGAAGCUGUGAGGCGAGAUUUAAGGCGAACAGAUAGAGAAAUAAAGAGGCGCAUGAAACUGAUAGAUAUGCACUGCUGCCAUCGAUGCUGUGAUACAAACGCCCGCUGCCUCUGCGAUAUAAAUCUCCAUCCACAUUGUUGCUGUCUUCUCCAUCCGUACCCACACUGCCUUUGUGACAUACUAUGCUGUCGCCCCUGCCGACCCAUCUGCCUCACUUCUUUGGAGCGCAAGGCAAUUAGGGCUAAAAUAGAAGCCGAGCAAGAACUGGCCAGGAUUCGAAGAAGGGUUACUAAAAUGCUGUCAACAUGUAAUCGCCCAAAGCUGUUAGCUUUAAUGGACGUCAAGGGGUUUGAUCCAGAUGAUAUCACGGUGAAAAUUCAAGAUGGGAAGGUUAAAGUUUCGGCGGAACAUGAAGAAGAAUUCAAGACCUCGCGAGGGAAGGAAUACAAUUACUCCACAAUCACCAAGGAGAUUUGCUUGCCUCCAGGGGUGGCUGAGAAUGAAAUCACGUACACCAUUGGGCCCAGCAGCCUUGUGAGGAUAGAGUCUCCUGGCUCCAUGCCACCUUGCCUCCUGAGUCUGCUGGAUUGUUAGGCUCUGGUAGCCGUUCAGACGAA